AUGACAGACCAUUGCAAGCUGCACAAGUUUGACACAGACUUCGUCAGCCAAGUUUGGGAAAUCAAUUUGAAUGUAUAUAAGUGUAAGACUAUUAAAAUAUUUAACCUGUCUUCCCCCUUUAGCUAUGCUCCGUGGUGUCCAGCUUGUCAACAGAUGGAAUUGACAUGGGAGAGUUUUGCAAAGGAAGGCAAGCAUCUAGAUAUCACUGUGGGGAAGGUGGAUGUCACUCAAGAACCAGGUUUGAGUGGUCGUUUCUUUGUCACAACACUUCCUACAAUUUACCAUGUAAAUGAUGGAGUAUUUCGCAGAUACCGAGGCUCACGGACAUUGGAAGAUCUUCAAGGUUACGUUUUAGAGAGAAAAUGGGAAGCUGUGGAGCCUGUAGCAGGAUGGAAGUCUCCAUCUUCUAUAAUGAUGCAUGGCAUGGCGGGACUAUUUCACCUCUCUGGAUGGAUCAGGCAAAUUCAUAGCUACCUCACUGGCACUCUUGGAAUUCAUGUUUGGAUUUCUUAUACAAUCUUCAUCUUAGCUACCUUAUUGAUUGGCCUGUUCCUGGGUUUGAUACUGGUUUUGAUUUCAGACUGCCUUUGCCCAUCCAAGUCAAGAUACAGAGCUGAAACAUCUGAAGAAGCAAUUACAAAGGAUAAUGUGGAGAAUGCAGCAUUAGAAGAACCAGAGGAGACUGCAGAGCUUUCUGCAGAUGAUGCGGAAGAGACUGCAGAUGUAAAAGAUCUCUCAGAUGGAGAAGACGCAGCAAAUUCAAGUGCUGAUGACUCAGAGGAGGAUUUAGCACUUGGAAAAGAAUCAGGGGAAGAAGAAAUGGAAGACUUAAGUGAACAACCUUUAGCUGAUUCAGAGACUGAAAGCUCAGUAAGACAGCGUAAAAGUCAGGUGGCUGAUAAUGGACUAUAGUUGUUUUGGUGGUAUAUUUUGUACACUUGGACCAAAGAAGUGUCAGACCCUGCGUCUGAAGCUGAAGCGCUCACUUGAUUUGUCAUUUGUGUUUACGUAAAACCUCUGCUCUGUCAGCAGGCUUCUCUUUUUUUUUUUUUCUUUUUUUUAAGUUAAUACUUGCUUAUUGGGUUUGUUUUAUCAGCACGUCUGCGUAUCCUGUAACUUUAGCCAUGACAAUCAAAAUAAGUAUAUCUUACCUGUCUGAAGUUUUUUUAAGAGAAAAGGGGUGUAAGAGAGUCUCAGUUCAUCAGCUAUAAAAGGGUCAUCUAUGCUUGUGUUCCUUUGUACGUACGGACCCUUAGCAAGACCAGGACAUUUAACUCUUUACAGUAGCUUGGCAGGACUGUGACUUUUCUGUCUGAAUGUUUAUUGUUUCCAAAUACCACAGAAGCACCAGAUAAGUGAUACAGUAGUGAAAGAAGGCACCUUAAUAGUCUGCUGUUAAAAGUGUUGUAUAUGAUGGGUUUAUUUUUAUCACUUUCAACUGAAGCACCUUUCUCUUUCAUUUUUAUUGAUGUUUGUACAGUACACCCCCAGAUUCUUCAGUUUUUGGUAAUUUGGAGGCAUGCUGCACAGCUUGAGCUUGUCAGCUGCGUUUUUUGACCCAAGGAGUUUGAGUAAUUGAAAACCUCAGGCCGAGAAAGAGUGGCAGCUAAAUGUUUAAAAUAUGUUUGAACUUUUAAAAAGCUUAAAAGAAAAUUAUUUUGGUCACAGAGGGAUUUUUGCCAAAGCAUGACUUCCCUCCCCCCCGCCCCCCUUCAAGUGAUUGUAGCAAGAAGUAUUCACUUUGCAGUCAGUAAGCUGUAUAUUUCUUGUCAGUACAAGCUUGUCAUGUGCAGUGCAGUUCUGCCAUUUUCAGCUUGGAAUACUUUUGGCAGAAGUCAAAAUGCUUUAGUAAUAUUCACUGAAGAGGCACUGAAAGUUUUAUCGUUGAUCACUUUUCCACUUCUUGUCACUGGAACCGGCAUGUUAGGAAAAAAGAAGAGACCUGGGUGGGUAAUGGGGAGAAGCUUUUGGUUGCUACUUAUAUCAAGAUAAACUUGUGUCUAUUGAACUGUGUAAAGUGAAAACGGCUUGCCAGGUAGACAGCAUUAGCUGUGGUUAGCAGACUUAAGUCAUUAAAGAUAACAGUAUUUCCCUCCUUUGACUUGGUUAAUCUAGAAGGCUUUUUUUGAUAAGGAAUACCUAGAGUGAGAUCCUGUAUGUUCCUAUUUUGUUGAUGUGCGAUCACAUGUGUAAGAUGUUUCUCAAUCUUGUUUUUAUAUAUAUAUAUAUAUUUUGCAUAAAUCUUGUUAAUGUGCAUGAAUUUCAUCUUGUUCUUCAAGAAUAAAGAGUAAUCAGAGAUGAAAUCAUCUCUCAUUAGAAGAGAGAACUUGCAAGUGCAAAAUGCUGGUUUCCUUUGAGACUAAUAGGGCUAACUUGUGGUGUUUCAGGUUUUUUUUUUAAAUGUUUAUAAAGAGCAUAUAAGAAAGCUUAACUUUUCCUGUCUGUGUCCUGUUGCAUAUUGUGUCUUGGAACUAUAUGGUAGAAAGUUUGCAUUGGUCUUUUACAGCUGUGCAAAGAACAAAAAUACACUGCAUAUAUUGAAUAUGAAUUUUCUUAAGGAACAUUCUCAGUCUGGAGCUUGAGUUUCAUAUAGUGGACAUGUGUAAAUAUGCUUUCACGUAUGUGAAAACAUACAGUUGAUAUACAUAUAUAAAUUGCACUAUAAUGAGAACAGUUUGUUUUCUGUUACUUGUGUGUUGUCCCAUGAGCAAUUGUAGAAGCUUGCAGACAGCAGAACUCAGUAGCAGUUGUGGUACAUAGCAGUGUUUGUGGUUUUGUUAAAAAAAAAAAAAAAACCCCCAAAAAACAAAACCAACCAAAACAAAAAAAAACCCAAAACCAAAA